UGUCAGAGAAGCAGUUCAACAGGGCUCACAAGGUUCACUGGAAAUGCUGCCUAUGUAAAUAAUGUUGAAUUCCUUUGGCUCCCAUACACAAUCUGUCUGAACAUGUACAUAAAUAAAUGAAACUGUAGACAGUUUUUUCGUUCGUGCAUCCCUGGCACCUAGAUGAACACUUUACAGUUGUUUUCGUGACUGUAAGUCAUUCCCUUCAAAUGCUUUUGAGCUUUAAAUGAUGGGACGUUUUGUGUACGAGUCCAUUCAGCGGUGAAAUGUCCAUUUUUACAUAGGAUUCGGCAGUUUAUUUGAUUAAAUAUCGAAAAUCUAAAAGACGUGCGUUAUACACCUUCGUAAAUACUAUACAGUUGGUUUUAUGACUGUAAGGCAGAUGCUGUUGGAGUUAGAAACGUGUAUACCGAUGUCGUAUGUAACUUUAGAGACGGUCCCUUAAUUUGAAGUCCAGAGUCCAGCCAACUUUACGCCGUUCAGCAAACGGUUCGAUGACGAGCACUUCGUCCGGAGACGAUUGGUGUUACGUGGGCGUGGACGCGGGCAGCGGCAGCGUUCGAGCCGCGCUGGUUUCCCGCGACGGCCGUGUUACAGCCACGGCCGAGGAGCCCGUGCACAUCUGGCAGCCUCAGGCAGAUCAUUACGAACAAUCUUCCGACGACAUCUGGAGGAAAUGCUGCAGCACUGUGAAGAAAGUGACCGAAGGCAUCGCGAAGGAGCGAGUGCGAGGGAUCGGGUUCGAUGCCACGUGCUCGUUGGUGGUUCUGGACCAGAACUUUCAGCCUGUAGCUGUUAAUAAAGAUGGUGUCAAGGAGAGGAACGUGGUCAUGUGGAUGGACCACAGAGCGACGGGACAAGCGUCUCGCAUCACAGCCACUUCUCACCGAGUCCUGAGCGCCGUCGGCGGCGUGAUGUCUCCCGAGAUGCAGCCGCCCAAGUUACUGUGGCUGAAAGAGAACCUGAGGGAGCGCUGCUGGAAGGAAGCCGCACACUUCUUCGACCUGCCAGACUUUUUAUCCUGGAAGGCAACAGGUUCGCUGGUGAGAUCACUGUGCACGGUGGUGUGUAAGUGGACGUAUUCGCCGCUGGACGGCUGGGACGACAGUUUCUGGGCCGCCGUCGGUCUGCAGGACUUGAUCGAGAACAAUCAUUCAAAAAUGGGAGAGCGGACGUGUUGUCCCGGCAGCCCGCUCGGAGGAGGACUGACUCCGGAGGCAGCUGCAGAGUUGGGUCUGGAGCCGGGAACAGCUGUGGGAGCGUCUCUGAUCGAUGCCCACGCAGGAGGACUGGGCAUCAUCGGGGCGGAUGUAAGCGGCCAUCAGCUGCCGUGUGAAAAUCAGCCAAUCACGUCGCGCGUUGCUCUGAUCUGUGGAACAUCGUCCUGUCACAUGGCUGUGAGCCAGAAGCCUCUGUUUGUUCCAGGUGUGUGGGGUCCGUACCUGUCCGCCAUGGUACCGGAGCUGUGGCUUAACGAAGGCGGUCAGAGCGCUACAGGGAAACUGAUUGAUCACGUGGUGACGGGACACGCCGCUUUCUCUCAGUUAAAAGAGCGAGCGGAGAACAGUGGAGUGAAUAUUUACUCUUUCCUGAACGGCCACCUGGAGGAAAUGGCCAAAGACCUGAAGAACCCGGACGAACUGACCACCGGCGUGCACGUGUGGCCCGAUUUCCACGGCAACCGGUCUCCUCUCGCUGACCAGAGCCUGAAGGGCAUGGUUAUCGGACUGUCUCUGUCUCGGACGCUGGACGACUUGGCUCUGCUUUACCUCGCUACUCUACAGGCUACUGCUCUCGGCACCAGGCACAUCCUGGACGCGAUGAGGGACGCGGGACACGACAUCACGACCUUGUUCCUGUGUGGAGGGCUCAGUAAGAACGCUCUGUUCGUGCGCGUGCACGCCAACGUCACGGGUUUGCCAGUCGUCCUGGCCGCAGAGAGAGAGGCCGUAUUGGUCGGUGCUGCAGUUCUGGGGGCCUGCGCCUCACGGGACUACACCUCCAUUCAGGAAGCCAUGGAGAAAAUGGCCAGAAUAGGAAAAGUGGUCCGACCGAACCUCGAGCUCGAGAGCUUUUACAGGAAGAAGUACGCCGUGUUCCUGCGGCUGUUCGCCCAUCAGAGAGAGUACGCGGCGCUGAUGAGCGACGGCCACACUGACGCUGACGUGUUCACGCCUCUCAGGAAGUGAAAGUCUGGCCUGGUGAACACACUGCUGCAGUUUCCUCUGUGGGCAUCGGAUCCGAAGCUGCGCUGCUUCUACUGCUGCUCGUUUCGUCUCUCGAACACGAGCGUGUCAGCAGCAUGAAUUUAGAGCUCUUUAUUUAUUUAUAUAUAUAUAUAUAAAUAAAUAAACCAUGGUCCGAUUGAGAUGUUUGAUAGUCAGAUGUAGAUGUUGAGUUAAAUCAUUCCUGCUAGCUCAGCUCUCAGCGUGGUUAAUGCUGACAGAAGCAGAGGUGUGUGUGUGUGUGUGUGUGUGUGUGUGUGUGUGAACUGACAGGCUGAAAGCCACAAAGCCAUCCAGUUAAAAGAGUGUGUAAAUCGUUUAAGGCCUACACGAAUCCUCCACCAGCUGAGCGAGCGAUCUGCUCCGAGCACAGCGAUGGAAACGUUGAGUGAUGACACACCACCGUUCGCGUCCUUCACCCCCUUCCCUACAGAGCGUCGAUCCGCGCUCACAUCCUCUCACGAGCUGGUAUGCAUGACAUGACACGACCUGAAGGAUUCUCAUCCGUCCGCGUUCAUACGCCAGACGUGCACUACGUAAGAUUCCGGUACAGUAAUCGAAAGAUCGGCGGACGUCCGGACGUGUACGAGGACGCUUCCGUUCCGAUCGAUGUCGAAAGACGCUCACAGGAGGAGUCGGUAAUAAUCUAAACGAGGACGCAAUUUGGAAAUACGAGCUGAUCGACGCCGGAGGUUUAGGUUUAGAGGACGCCGGUUUGGACUUGUUACAGGAAGUAACACCUUUACUGGUACGUGUGAUUAUUUCCUGUGUCGGUGGUUUCCUUCUAAAGAACCCACCCACGUCACAGGGUGAAAGUGCAGCACGACCCCGACGAUCUCAUGAGCAUGGAAAAACCUCGUUCAUCCGUUUUCUGUACGUUUACAAUCGCUACGAAUCAUCACUAAUCAUCUAAAAGGGAAUAACAGGAAAUGACUUCUUCCCGUCUCGGACUUCUUUAUUUUCCGGACAUCACCGUGCACGUGGAGGAGGUUAGGAACAAAAGUUUGCGUCCUCAUACGAGUUUUAAAUAGAAAACAAUUACAUUUUUUGCAUUUUAGAAAUAAAAAUAAAUAAUAGGCCAGUCUGCAAGGCCAAAGUUUCCGAGGACACUGUGUAAAGCUUUUUUCGAUUUAGUCGUAGCCGGUUCCCGCUCCACAGGUCGGCUCUCCUUUAUCAUACUACAGCUAAUACCCGGAGAGACACGGGGAGCGCGACACACUCGGAGGAAAGCGCUGUACGCCUUCUUCAACAGACGCGACCUCACAGACGCCCAUGAUUGGAUUGGAUUGGCUGGCUUCGCUGUGAUCGACAGGGGCGAGAGAGUACGCUCCUCCCACCCUGACCGCUCUGCGUUCGAGUCACGAGCACGAUGGCGGCGUACCUUCUCUUCUCCGACUACAAAAAAACAAAACCGAGGUUUUUUUUAACUCUACUUCUAGAAAAUGAAAAAAAAAAAAAAAGUUUUUAAGAAAUUUAUGAAACCGCUGUAAACUUCAUCGCUGCAAACUGUAUCGUAAUUGUACAACGCUGUCGUAUUUUGUGCAGGAAAUGAUUUCAUUGUAAAAAUUUUGCAUUUUUUUUUUAAAUUUAAAGUCCUACAAUAAGUUUUAACUGCAUGAACCAAAUAUAUAAUAACAGAAAUCGGCUUUUGAGACGAGGGAACGUUGCAUUUCAACAGAUUUAACAUCAACGUCGCAUCCGUCGAUUCCAACUCGGAGCUCGAAGAAAGUUUUCCCACUCGUAAUUCCGACUUCGUGGUGGCGUUCACCGUCGGACUCCCGGUCACGGAUAUCUGUGGCAUCGACCUGACCAUGUUUUAAAAUUUUGUAAUGAAAAAACCUGCGUAGGUGAAGUGAGAAACGUGACCGGGUCAAUCCGGGUCGUUCUAAUCGGGAACAUGGAGCACAACAACAUAUUCGUCUUGCAGUUGAUUUAGAGUCCGGUUAUAAUCCCGGAGUGGACGAUGAAGUCCUUAAAUGCAAAUGUUUAAGGAUUUGAAUGAACACUUUUUCUUUUUUUUAUUUUUGUAUUUAAUUGCUAAUUGUGAGUAAAUUAUAAUAAUAAAAAAAAGAUUUUAAAAAUGA